UGUCACUACUUAUAGAUUACCAUUUACCUCAAGUGUUAAAAGCAAGAUUCUUAAGUUCUGAAAAGAAAAAUAAGAUAAUGGUGGAUCAAAGAGUGGUCAGUUAUGAUGACAUGUUGAAAGUGAUACACCAGCCAGAAAAGGUGAUCAUUGACGUCCGCAAUCCAGAUGAAGUGCAUAACACAGGGAAGAUACCUUCCAGCAUCAACAUUCCAUUGGGAAAUGUUCAAAAUGUAUUGGCAUCCAUGUCUGAAGAGGAAUUCAAACGUCAAUAUCAACGAAGCAAGCCAUCAUCAUCUGAUGAGCUGAUCUUCUAUUGUCAGUCAGGUAGAAGAUCUUCAGAAGCUCUGGAUAAAGCUCUAAAACUUGGAUAUUCUAAUUCUAAGACAUACUUGGGAAGUUGGAAUGAUUGGUCCAGUCGCCAGAAGUGAUUAUCAUCACACUGUCUACAUGUGGUGUUAGUUGCACUGUGAUGUAUGAUAUAUUUUGCAUAAUAUUUAAUUAAGGUUGCGGUAUCUGUUUUACUUUAAAGGGAUGUCUGCACAAUAAAAUUGUGUUUUUAAUA